AUGAAUGAGUCGCUUCCUGUAUUCGGAAGCCAUUUCGGAGAGCAGCAGGAUAUUUCGACCUCGUCUAAAUCGUCGGAAGCCAGAAACAACUUUCUCUCGGACGUGAACAGCUCAGGUGACGAAAAUGUUUCUUUCAGAAAGUCAGGGAGCCUAUCACCAGGUGGAACCAGGAGGUACGGUAUGACAGAUUUUGGUGAUUUGGCUGGAGAGGAGACUGAUCUACUUGAACAAUUUGACCCACUUGUUUCUUCUCAAAGUAUAAGCUCGAGUUUGGCGGACGAAGACACGUCAAAUAUUACAAAGCGAUCCAUCCAAAGAUUAGACUCACGGGACAAAAUGGAACUACAUCGGGGUUCUGGACUAAUGUUCGGCCGUUUUAACGAAACAGAAUUGACAAGUUCAACAGUUGAUAGUUCAGAUGCUGUCUCUCAUAUACGGCUCAGUUAUGAUGCAAAUAACACGACUUUGGAGAGUAUCAGUACUACUAAACACCAUGAAAAUGCUGCAGUGAAGAGCGGUAAGGUUUCUGUGUGUGCUGUCAUGAGUUAAUAACAUUAAUUAUAAUCCGUUAGCCCUACUAGAGUUAAUUUUCAUUGGUUGUCAGUUUAUUUCAGUUCACGUCUUGCACGUAGUGUUAUUUACCAAGAGCGAUAUUUGAGUUUCCGCCUUCUCAAUAAUGGUAUUUGAAAUCGAACGCAUAUGAGGAAUUGAUUACUCUGAGGAUGCAAAAGAUAAAAAUUAACAUUUUGAGAAAAUUGAAACUGCCUGUGUCUGUGAAGGUGUAAUUAGUCGUGUGAUGGUCCAUAACAAAGUCAGCACGUAUGUAAUAUGAAUGUUUUUUUUUGGAUGUCAAGAAAAAUGUGAUAACUUCAGAUAUACAGAUAUAUUUGAACAAUUUAGGGAUAACCAUUGAGGUAUCAAGAGUUAUUUGUGUCUUUUUUCCUUUCAUUUACAAGCCAGCUUAGUUGGAUAUCAUUUUCCUUUAGUUGUAUACCCAAAUUAUUCAAGCAGUCCCUCCUCUUUGGCGAGGUCUGUCGCAUGAGUCAUAAAACAUCAGUGAAAAAAAUGAUGAUGCGCAGCAGGAGCUCCAUUAGUGAGGGGCUCGAAAAGUAAGGACUACAGACUAAGCCCAAGAGUUUUUCCCUCUAUGGCUGAGUAGAUUUCAGGUAUCAAAUUUUAAACUCAAUUAGGUAUAACUAAUGAAAUUAAUUAUCUUAAUUACCAGUCAAUCUUCAUGUUAUCACAACACACAGGUGGUUUUAGAAAAUUAUACCAUUUCAAAUUUUGAGGUGCACAAUAAAUUGGAACUCUGCAAGGAUGCCCUUGUGAACAAAACUCCUAAGAAGAUAAUUGAGAAGGGCAGGCUGGUUAAGGAACCAUCGUAGAACAACUUUUGCCAUGUGUGUGUUAGUAAUUGGUCUUCAGAGAUAGCAUUCAUGCAGUCUUCAUCCUUUCCUGGUGACUGAAUGGCUGGAGGGCCAAGUUCUUUAACUUGCUCCACCACAAUGUUAAUAAGCAGUGAAAUUACAAGGACACGUGCUAUAGAAAUUUUUGCAAAACAAAACACCUGGUAGACAACACUCUUUUCAAAGCCAGUUGGCAAAACUGUGAGAACAUCUGUGCCAGCAAUAAGGGUUUCUAGGUCCUUCAUCUGCUCUGAUUCCAGCCAAUGAAUGGUUGGAAACUGCAUAAACAUUUAUGCGAGUCAUCAGCCAUCUGAAACAUUGACAAGCGUGGACACGGAUGACCACUUCUUGAGAGAUUUCCAGCCGAUGGCCAAUCAUAUUUUUGCCUUGUGAGCACAACGUAGAAUUCAAACUCUUGGGCUUAGUAGGUAGCCCCUACUUUUCAAACGCCUCACUCCUAGAGCUGCUGCCUUGCAUCCAUGUCACUCCAUGUCCAAGAUCAAUCUUUUUUUCACCAGUUUUUCUUGACUAGUGCGACUGGUUUGCCAAAAAGGAGGGACUGCUCGUAGUCUAUAAUAGAAGGCUAGGCAAACUAGGAAAUUGUGAAUCAACUGUAGCAGAUUCUUUAGUAAACCUGAGUUCAAGAUUAAAAUCCAGUGAUAAUUUAACUGCAAUUUAGAUGUUUUACUGUAGGGUUAGUUGAUCCUUAUUGCAAUCUUACAACCAUGAACAUUGAUACUCUGCCCUUCUCUAUGUUGUGCUUUUUUACACCCUAGUAGUCAUUGAUUGCAGCAAGAUAUAUUGGGGAGGAGAAAGAUCCCUACAAUCUAAAUUGUUUUGCGAGGCAACACUCUUACACAUCAAACUUUUGAUCAACAAAAUUUUUCCAUCUGGUGACAGGAAAAAGUAUUCUGUCACCAUUUGACAAAUGCGAAGAGUAUAAAUGGGGAUCUUAAGUGCAAAAAAAGUUUUUUAGAUGCAGAUAGCAUCCAGAAGCUAAAAAUUCUCAUUCCUGGUGCUCACCACACCUUUUUGCUCAAUACAGUUUGGUAUUAACAUGCUAAACCAACCACUUUACUGUCAAUACAAUGGGAUAUAAACAAGAUAAAACAAGAAUUAUUCCUCUAACAUCUCAAAAAUGGCUCUGCUCUGAGUUUCUCCUAUGUAGGGAAGUGGCAAUAAUUAUAGUGGCCUCGUGCUCCAAAUGUGUCUGCUGGUUUGUAACUUGACCCUACAGCUGUACUGAUCUUAACCUCCUUCAUCAUAUAAAAGUCAUCACUAUUUUUUAACAGACACAGCAGAAGGAAACACACCAGAAGUGAAACUUACAGGUUCAAUUCAUGAAGGUUUGAGUGCACUGAAUGACAACUUCCGUGAUAUUGCUCAGCAUCGAAUACUAUCAGUAGCUGGUGAGAAAUGCUUUUUUUUUUUUUACAUUGUAAGGGUAAGGGGUUGUACAAAAUGUUCAUGGUGACUUCUUAGUUUUCUUACUUUAGACAGGGUAUUUGAGCAAUCUUAGCUGAAUUUCAAGACUUCACCUUAAAUUUACAUUUAUUAAAACAAACAUUUGGAUUGGCUUAUGAUUAGGUGACACAGUAUAAGUUUUAUUGCAACCAAGUUAGAUUACAACAAAAAAGAUUUGUAAUAACCACAGCCUCUUUGAGAGAGAACCAUUCAGUGUUACAUGACUGUUGCAUUUUUCUGUUUUAUAUGUACUUUGUAUUGCAAGUAAUAUGUGUUUUUUAAUUAUACCUUAAAACAUCGAAGCACUUCCUUUAUUUUAAUUCAGGUGAUGAUAAAAGUGGCAGGCCUGUGAUUGUUUUCUCUGCAUGCAGAAUGCCACAAAUAUCCUCCAUUGAUCACACAAGGAUGUUCAGGUAAAAACAAAUAUAUCAAAAUGCUUGUAAACUUUAAUAUUUUCAGGGCAAAGAUUUAAAUUAAAUUGUGGUUACAGUCAUGGGGUAACUUGCACAAUACUGACAAAUUGGGUAAGAGAAAACAAGCAGUGAAUUGGCUCUUCUUGUUUUAGUGGUAAAAACUGAGUGGCCCAAUACUAUACAGUAGGUAGCUGGAAUCAUUAAUUGUUCAUUUUCUGUGGCACUGUAAAUCAAACUUGGGAAGAGUAUUGUUACACAGAAGGGUAGGCCACAUGGAAAGCCCUUUGAUCACUCUAACAUUCAACCUUCAUUCUUGACCAGGUACUUGUUAUGCACUCUGGAUCAGUAUGUGGAGAAUGACUACACUAUUGUGUACUUCCAUUAUGGGUUGACAAGCAAGAACAAGCCAACAAUGUCAAAAGUGAUACAGCUUUACCGUGACCUAGACAGGAAGUAAGAUUUUAAUUCCAUUUUACUAAACAGGACUUGAAUAUGAAAGCUGAGGUACAGUAAAUUUUAACAAGUCAGUACACAUGGACAGUACAGACAACAAACAAACUUAUUUAACCCCCAUUAGAAUGAUCUUCAAUUAAGCUUAGAGUCAAGCUCUCCAUUCACUGCAGCUUUCUUUUGUAUUGUUAAAUUUUUCUGGUCAGAAAGGGCUCAUGGAAAAGAAUUAUGAUUUUUUCAGAUUUAGUCAAGAAAAAUUAGGUGCCAAGAUACCUCAGUAAACUGUUAUGAGCUAUGAUCUGGUUGCCAGAAAAUAUUUAAAAUCAUUUAUAGAAAGUCUUUGGAAAACAGACACAUUUAAUCAGGGGGGAAAAAAACACCACCGAACAGAAAUGUGGUUAACACUAACAAAAAAACCUUGAAAAUGUGACUCAACAAACACUGAAACUUGCACACCAUAAAAUCAUAUAAAAAAAAAAAAGCUUUUGUCGUUUCAAAUUUUAUAAAUGUCUCAGAGUGCACAUGCUACAGGGAAGUCACUCAUCACACCAGUUAAGUACUUAUCUUCUCAAUAUUAUCAUAAACCAUGGUCUGCUGUUCAUCAACUUGUCAAAUGAACAAUGAGUGGACUAACCCCUACAUAGUUUCAUUGUGUUAAGAGUGCAUUGUGUCAAUAAUAUCUUGUAUUGUCUUUGCUUAUUGAAAAUAAGUAUUCUAACAAAUGUUUUUGGAAAGAGAGGGCAGUGCUUACUUAAAUUUGAGUUGAGUUUAGUGGUUAAUGAACUCUUUUGUUUGGUUUUGAUACAUCAUUUAGGUACCGCAAGAACAUUAAAGCUCUUUUUGUGGUGCACCCAUCCAGCACUAUAAAGUUAAUAUGGGCAACCAUUGCCAAAAUCGCCAGGUACCAAGAGACUUUUCAAUCACGUUUUCUUACCAAAUAAAGUUGGUGUCUUAACUUUUUGAAAAAUAUUGAGUCACAGUAAAUAGACUUGAAACUGCCUUGAUCCAUUUUCUUAUCAAAAGUAUUUUUCAAGAGAAAGGUUAGCAUGUAACAACUUACAACAUGUCCCCAUUUUUCACAUUGCUGCCCUCAAUAACAAUUAGCCAGACAAGUUUGAAUUUGUACAACAUACUGCAGGUCUAAAUUGGCCUCCCUUUUUAGUCAGUGUAUAUUGUUUAAUGUUAAAUCUAUAAAUUACAUUAGAAUCAAUCAUAACAAAAAAUACUUCCCUACAAGUAACAAAAGAAUUUUUGAUACAAUUUCUUUUAUUUAUUAACAGCAGCUUAGAAACUUCUUGAAACAAUAUUAUAAGCAAGGGUAUAUAUUAUCAGUAAUAUUUUGGAUAUUAAAUUACUUUAAGUUCAGUGCUCCAAGCUGCAACCAUUGUAGCUUCAGCACUAUGGUUAGAAUUAAAACAUUUUAAGCUUGGAGCCUGUAAUGUAAUCACUGCGAGGAAGCUGAAUGUUUCACUUUAAAUUAUCAUUUACUUAUGAACACUACUGAAAAAAAUUAAUUCAGACCUGUAUGGGAUUUGAACCUAUGACCUCUGCGAUACUGCUGUGCACAGUGAUCUACCAACUGAGCUAACAAGUCAGAGAAGUCAGAGUGCUGCACCGGUAUCACAAAGAUCAUGGGUUCAAAUCCUGUACAGGCCAGAAUUUUUUUCAGGCCUAAUUUCAACUACUAGUUCAUUAGUGUUCAUAACUGCAAGGAUUGAUUCUAUAUUCAUUUCUUAUGUUUACAGCCAUAAUCAUUUACUUGUUUAAAUUUUACUCUUUUUCUUGUAAGUUUUUUAUUUUAUUUUAUUUUCUGUUUUUGUUUUUGUUUCAGUCCCAAGUUUUCAAGGAAGCUGUGUUAUGUGACUCGACUAGAAGAUCUUGCAGAAUAUGUACAUCUUGAUCAGAUCGAUGUCCCAGUGCAGGUUGCUGAGUAAGUAUUCAUUAGGAGGUGUAUUCUAUGUUGUGGUUCUAUUCUUUUCAUUUUCAAACUGGUUUGAAUUUUAAAAUCUGGCUUUUUUGAAAAACUUCAAACCAAUGGAACAUUUGAACCACAGCAUAAAAAUAAAUAAAUUAAACUUCAAACCAGGUUUUUCAAACAUAGAAGAAAGAGAACUUCCUCUCAUGCAGCAAUGUUGGGGCAUGUUACAAUUUGGUCCAUGGAAAGAUACAACAUAAGCAUGAUUGCCACUGAUCCUGUAAGUUUUUUUUUCCAGUAAAAUGAUAUUUUCAGUAUAUGUACCUUGAAUUUUCAGUUGAAAGCCUAUGCAGGGAUAUACAUGGUAUGAAUUUGAAGUCAAGCCUUUUUUUAGAUGAUGUAUACAUAGUUAGCUUUUUAUCAUUGAAGAGCAUGAAAAAUUCUCCAAAUAGCAGAAACAUUUUCCAUUUGUUUGAAUUAGAUCCUGCUCCCAUUCUAUUUCAAAAAUUACAGCUGCAGCCAUUUUAACUUCCAGAGUAUGCAAACUAAAAUAAAUGGAAAGUACUGUGUGCAGUAAUCAAUUGAAAAUUAACAACAUAAUUUAGGUAAUUUGACUUCCUUUUCAGGUAUGAUAAACAGAUUUCCAGCCAAGUGAGAAAUGGUUCCUCAAAACAACCAUCAGGAGUGUUUUAUGCAACUCCUGAUGAAAUACCUAAAACUCAGCAGUUUGGUGUUUCUUUGUCAUGGUAAGUUUUAUACUGACAUACAAUCAGCAUCAGAAUUGUUGACACUUUAUCAUUGAAAUUACAAUGUUCUUAAAUUUUAUUCCUUAUACCUUACUUCCAGCCCCUUCUCCACCCCUCCUCUCCCCCCCACAUAUGAUGCAGCACUUUGUUUGGGUGAUAUUCAUCUAAAAAUAAUUCCUUCAGAGUGGCUACAUCCAUCUAUCCAUGUAGUUUUACUCUAAGUGCAAACCUGUUGUUGCUUGAAUAGCUUGUAGUGUCUUGUAGGUAAUCACUUUUCUUUGUUAAACAUUUAGUUUUUGUUAUUGGAAUUUGUUCAAGCUAGUUUUGUAUUAUAUCUGGCAGCAAAUAUCAGGUGCCCUUUGCUGCACAAAUGAUAUGUAUCAAAAUAUUUUGUCUUCAACUUACUGUAAAUGUAUGAUAAUACCAAAAACAGGUGGGAUUUGUGACAGCCCACUAGUAAGGGCUCUAUUUCUAGACUACCAGCUCUAGACUAGGUCCUUGGCUGGGGUUGUGUGCUAUGUGCUCUUUGAGAAGGAGACAAUGUAUGGUCAAAUUAAAAGGCAAAAAGAUUUUCAUAGGGGCUGCUCUUUACCUUCAUAUAUCAUUCUUCUGUUGUUUCAGGAUGAGAGAAAACAACAAUGGUGAGUGUAUCCCACCUGUUGUGUCUACAUCAGUGGAAUUUUUAAGAGAAACUGGUAAGGAUGAAAUGAAAUUUGUGUGUAGAACCAGGAAUCUUCUCUGACUUAUUGAUAUACAAAUGUAACUUAAUGCUAUUGAGGUGAAUGCACGAAAUUGUGCAGUUUACCUGCCUUUAAGGACAUUAAGCUACUCACAACUUUGUCAUGCUGAGUUUUUCUAUUUUGGUUGCCCUAUAUUUUUUUAUCAUUUUUUUUUUAUAAUCAUCCUUCUCCUUAGGUUGUGAACUUAUCAAAACAGAGAUAUCAAUUUGUGAACAACCAAACUCUUUAUUCUAUUAGAAAUACCAUUUUCUAACAAUCACACUGAUUUUUCUGUAGCACUUGAGGUUGAGGGCAUUUUCCGACGGUCUGGCAACAUAGCAAUUGUCAAAGACAUCACUCAAAUGUUCAACAAAGGUACAUGAUUAUGUUGGUAGUUUUUUUAGAUAAAAAGAAAAUUCUCCAAAUUGGCCAUUCUUUGGCUAAACCUGUAAAUACCUUAAUCAUGAACUAGUACUAAAUAUAUUAUUAUGUUAUGGUUGGUCCACUUAUGUUGUGUUCCAUUGAGAUAGACAGUUUCAACUGCAACCUGUUACUUAAAGUUGAGGCUAUAAGCUAGUACCUGCAACUAUUGCUUCAUGGUAAGGCAACUUUUGAGGAAAUCUUAAAUAAAAUCAGCCAAAAUCAAAUUAAUGGAAAAACAUCUGAUUGAAUAAAAAAUGCAGUUGUACUGCAAGUAGUAAGUUAAGUAAGGCUUAGCAAGUUGAGACUGUUAAUUACCAUGAAGAUUUUUAUGCUUUGACAAUUGAGCAGGUUAAUUUUUUAAUUUUAGGUUUAUCAGUGCAUUAUAAAAACCCAGAGGACAUUCACUGUGCAGCAGUUAUUAUAAAGAGAUUCUUAAGAGAACUUCCAGAGCCGAUUCUAACCUUUAAACUCUACGAUACAGUGAUUCAAAGCACCAGUAAGUCACAAUCUUUCUGAUUUAUCAGAAUUAAUGUACAAAUGUUUUUUCAAAACACAUUGUAAUUAUCUAGUGGUUAUUUAAUUUGACCUGAAGUCUGAAUUGCAAUAAUUUGAAACAGAUAUACUUUUUAUCUAAAGGUCAAAAUUUUUGUACUUAUUUUUGUUUGUGUUUUGUUGAUGUCUUGUCUAACUAUUAGCAAUUCCCGAGGAAACCGAGAAGUUAAAGCAGAUGUGGCGAAUCUUACACCAUGAGCUAGCAGAAGAGAACUAUAUUUUGUUAAAAUUUCUCAUGCAGUUUUUAAAUGAGGUUGGUGUUCAUGUGUUACCAAAAUUGAUAAUGUUUGUGGAAUGAUUUUCAAAUUCAUUUUUUGUUCUUAAUUUGGUUUAACCAUUUUUGUUAUAAAUAAAUAUUAAAUGAAUAAAUAUCCUCCAAUCUCACCAAUACUGAGGUGUAUAUACUAUACAGCAACCAAAAAAACCCAGUUAAUUUCUGUCACUAUACAAAAGAAUGAAUAAAUUUGCAAUGAACUUGCAUUGUAGUACUUGUAACAACUGCUACAACCCAUUAGGUGACUGAAGAGCUGUUACACUAGUGUAACUAAGACAUUUCUACCUUAUUUCUUAUUCUUUAAGACUGGUGAGUUCUUGGUAGCGAAGACAUCUACUAUGUUACUGUGUUUGAUGUAAUUAUAGUGUAACAUCAGAUAUAUAAGAUGCCACAGGGUACAGUCUUUAUUCAGCUUCAUGUAGGUUUAAACUUCUUUUCCCAUUCUUAACAGGUACAGGAACAUUCUGCUGUCAAUAAAAUGACAGCAAAGAACCUGGCUAUUGUGUUUGGGCCAAACUUGGUGUGGUCCAAAUCUCAGGCUGCCUCUCUUGAUGCCAUGGCACAGAUAAACUCAUUCACUCUUCUUAUGCUGGAAAAUGUUAGCUAUUUGUUUGAAACUAGCUGAUUUCCAGAACAUACGUGUAUUCCUGUCAGAGGUGUACAGUUAUCACAUAAUGAAGCAUCUAUACAUAGUCUAGUAGCAUUCUCCUGGAAGACCUGUCAUUCAUUCAGCAGCAUCAAGUAUGCAGACAGUUUAUAUAAGUAUUGGAUUGUUCUCAAAAGAACAGAUGCCUGUGGACCUUACCUCAAAGAGGCUGUAUGUCAGGAACUGUGCUGCACCGAUUCCACCACAAGUGAAAACCAUAGAGUAUUGUUAUCACAUUAGAUAAAGGGUAGGGAAAGGGGAGGAGGGCCAUAGGUAAGAGGAAAAAGUGUUCAUUUAUGAUAAUACAUCAGCCUGAUAUGGACCCAAUACCAGAUGAGAGCUUAUGUAAGACUCCAACUCCUUUCCCAUGUAGAAAACCCUGUUCAAGUAGCUGUGUGAAAAAUCAUUUUGCAAAGGCAAUGAAAGGUCUCUUGCUCUGGUCAUAUUCAGUGAACUAAUAUAUUGACCAAGUGUCAAAUCAUUGACAUUGGCCCUCAGUCAAAAUGAUUGUAUACAAGUCAAAACAACUGGAUCAAACAAACAAAUAGUAACAUUGUUCCAAGGGUAUGGCUUCUUCCUAUCUCCCUGAAGCUCUGGCCCUAUUUUUUUCUCCCUCUUCUUACAGCAAGAAGAGGAGAGAACUUGGAAACAAGGUUUGUAUACAACUCAAGACUUAUGGUAAAUAACUUGUCAAGCAACAACUUAUCUUUUGUUUCUCUUGUCUCUCUGACUAAGUAUCAGUGCACUACCAAAGACUGUUCUAGUAGAAACAAGAACAAGACAAACCAGGAGACAAAAAUUUGUUUACUUAUUGUUUUUCAUGUUACACAGAAAGUUUGCCUGUAGGCCUCUCUUAAAUGUUCUCCACCCAGUACCCAUUUCUUGUAGUUUGCAUUCAAAGAUGUCAGACGAUAACCAUUUACCAUUCAAGUUGUAAAUGUUUGUAAGCGUUACCAAUUUUGUGUGAACAUAAAGAUGACAAAAUGGUUGUAAUGUUGAUAAACUAAAGAUAGUUUUUACAAAGGGCAGAGCAAGGUAUACAAAUGCCUUUGAAAGACCCUGUCACUGCUUAUUCCAAGUCUCCAAGUAUGAUAUAAAUAAUUUAUUUCUGUAGUUUAACAGAUUACUAGAAAAUAUUACUGAAAGAAAUUAAAAUAAAUACCCAGUCAGAGCUUAUAUAAAUUAAUUUUUUUCAUGUUUUGCAAAUCUCCAUGUACGAUUUUCACCCUUUACUUGUUUAAACAGAAAAUAUUACAAACGAAAUUAAAUAAACAGGCAAAAAAACAAAACUAUUGUUUGAAGUUUUGGCAAGUGCUUCUACACUAUAUUCAACACAGUUUUAAGGAAUGCACCAAACAUUACUUCUGUGAUUUCUAACUUGCUAGAUUCUGUUCUUAGUCCUUGAUGAGGGGAGCACCAAAAACACUAAGUUGUUGGGGUCCAAAAGCAAAAGUUGUCCAUGGACCUUGGUCUUAUGUCAAGCAGUGUAUCAGAAGUAUGGUGCAAACUUUGUAUGGUGUACAUAGAUAGAGUUCAAAGACCAGCCUCUUACAGUAACUCUGUAAAUCAAUAGUCUUGAUAUGUUAGUUAACUUCAAUUUUUGAAACUAU